CACCAACCACACCUCUCUGGGCUCGGAAUCCAGCUCUCCAAGCCUCUUUACAGUCAUGUCGUCCCCAUGGUGGUCUGCUUUGUUGCUGUUGGUUUCAUUGAUCCCUCUUUGCUCAACGACGUCCUCCGCUUCACAAGCUGAACUCCCUCUCCAACCAUCACAUUACUCCACUGAUCUCUCAGUCCUCAAGAGGGAACUCUUGACUGAUGAGAGCAGAGCGCAAACAGAAAAGGUUGUAGAAAUUGCAACAAGCUCUCUGUCUCUACUUAAUGAUGUAAUGGGAAAUUUUGACACAAAGCAGUUGAAAGGUAUGAUGAAGAACCUUGCCAACUUUGCCAGCGUGGCACCUGGCAUCGGAGCUGUUAUCUCCUCUGUUGUCAACACAGUCUUGGCUUUCAUCCCUCAAGAUGACCCAGUGAUGAAAAAGCUGGAGGAAGGGUUUUCUGAAGUAAACAGAAAGCUGGAUUCUAUCUCUACCCAGAUCUCUGACCUGGAAGCACAAAUGGAAUUGCAGAUCUACGCCAGCCAAUACGCUCAUGUUGAAAACCAAAUCCUCAAUGGCUGGCAGAAGUUUGUGGAGCUUAGUAAGAGUGGGCCUAACAACUUUAAGGAGGCUGUCAUGGACUUCAAAAAAAUCUAUAAAAGCGAAAACAUCGAGGUCAGUGUGACGAACCUUCACCGCUACCUGACGGUCAACAACACAUCUAUGAAUAAAAACAUAAAUGAAAUGCUGAAGAAAAAGUAUAAAUGUGAUUUGAGUGAGAUCAACAGAUAUAACUUAUUUUUGAGUAGUUUGCUGUGGAAGGGGGUAGUACUCAAAGAGGUUUACGUGAAACUGAGUCGUAAAAAUUCAGGCAAAGAAGCUGAACAUGCCCAGAUGUUCAAGAGUGUCUUUGAAGCUCAACAGGCAGUUGUGGAGUACUGCCUGAACCACAGUGAGGAGUACAUGAGGAAAGAUGUGGAGGAGAUAGCCAGAGCACACAGUCCUGAGAAAAAGGAAGAGAUCGCUGAGAAAGUGAAAAAUACUCUUGACAAGAAGUACAGCUGGUACAACUGGGUGGUGCUGGUGUACGACAACAAUGACGAAAAGACAGAAUAUAUAAUAAUACAAGAUGAUAUGACUAAGAUCCCCAUAGACAAUAUCAUUGUGGCUGUUACCUACACUCUGAAAGCAGACCCAGACAAAGAGAAAGAAACUGAAGCAGUAGUUACAGAAUUAGUUGAAGAAUGCUUUGAACAAAAUAAAAAUUGUAAGAUUCCAUGCAAAAUUCGUUGGGGACAUAACCCUACCCCUAAAAUGACACAUCUUAAUGAUUAUGCCAAAGUAACACAUGCCACCUAUAAAUAUAAAUAUGCACAAUCCCCACCACCUGCUAAACAAAGCAAUUGUUUGAUAAACGGCUAUACAUAUCAGAUUUUCGUGCAUAACUCCAGGAAGUUGCCUGUCUGUGAAGAUCAACCAUGUAAGAACAACGGUCAGUGCAAGCAACUGCUGAAAUCCAAUGAAUGGCUGUGUGUUUGUCAAAAUGGGUACCACGGAGACACAUGUGAGAAGAAAAUGAGCACAACAGUGCCCCAGAUAAAAGCCCAUCCCAGAGCACGACUAAAGGCAAACUGAAAAGCAAAGAGUCCAAACUGGAUCUUAUUAUCAACAGACGUCAUGGUUGAUAUCAGAUUUCUGCAGAAUGGCAACAGACGACAGUAACGAAGACUUAAUUGCAUCAGAAACCUAAAACGCACAUCAAGUGACUGAGCAGCUGAGAAUAAAGGAUGAAAUGAUGAAAAAAAAAUAAACAGACAAAAUCUCCUGAAAAUCUGCUGAGGCAGACACUAAGCAACUGAUAAUUGGUGGUCCUAACAAACACAAUAAUACGGCAGGAGUUCUUUAUACUACUAUCAUACAUGACUAGUUUCACCAAGAUUGCACCGCUAAAA